AUGCGUUCAAAAGAUGACCAACCAUUUGUUGAAAUGUUAAACAGAUUUCGAACUGCUUCCCAGACUGAGCAAGAUAUUAAACACAUUCAAUCACGCUCAAUACAUCCAGAAGCCGAAAAUUAUCCGUCAGAUGCUAUACAUAUAUACGCAGAAAAUAAACCUGUCGAUGAACAUAAUAAUACCAAACUAACCCAAUUACCGGGAACAGUGUUUAAUCUUAGAGCAGCAGACCAGUAUCCUCCAAAUGUAUCCAAAACAGAUAUUGACAUAGUAUUGUCUAAAGGACGGUCUGACACUGGUGGACUAGAUUAUGUCAUACAUGUUAAAGAAGGUGCAAGAGUAAUGCUAACAAGCAAUAUUGAUAUUGCAGAUAGACUCAUCAAUGGUCAAAUAGGUUCUAUCAUUAAAAUACAUGUUAACCAAAAUACACACAAACCAAGUGUUAUUUAUAUCAAAUUUGAUGAUGAACAAGCUGGAAAAAAUAAGAUCAGUAAAUCUACAAAUCAAUUUGUUAAAGAAAACAAUGUUGUUCCCAUUGAGCCAAUUCAAGCUAAAAUCAAGAGGAGACGAAAAUCACUGUCCUUGCUGAUAUCUCAACGUUAUCAAGUAACGAACUUAUAA